CAAAGCGGUCAAAACGUCAAAAAACUAAAAUUCAAAAAUCAAAUUUCAAAACACAAUGUUAUAUUUAUUAUUAUAAUAUACGUAGUAAAUAUUUCUAAUCAAAUAAAAUAUAAUGUUACUUGUUAGACAUCGAAUAAGCAGCAACAUCUAAUUGAAUAUGAGUACGUAAAUGUGAUAUAAUAUUAUACAUUCUAAAAUUUUACCUACAGAUAUGCUUAAAUAUAGAUUAUUAAAUUUAAAAAGAGUAACUGAUAGUUACAACAUAAUAAAUCCAGUGGCGCAAAGUUCUUUAAAUAGUUUUCGACCAUACACAAACACAGCCGAUUCCGAUGAUGAAAAGGAAAAAGAAAUUGAGAGAAUCAAAACAAAUGCUUCACUAAAUGAACCUCCCACUGCAUGCUGCCAGUCUGGUUGUGCCAAUUGUGUGUUUAUUGUAUGGGCUGAAGCAUUAACACAAAAAAUGGAGAAUGCUGGUCCAGAAAUAGCUGAGAAAAUAUUGAAAAUGGUGGAUGAUCCAUCCAUGAGGGCUUACUUGGAAUUAGAGCUACGAAUGCGAGGGCUGAAGAAGUAAUAUAAACUGAAGGAGAAUUAAGGGAACUUAACUGAAAAAUAUUUAGACCCUCUAUCUUCUUACCUUUUAAUUUCUUUAAUGAAGGGCUUUUUUUGUAUGAAAUCAAUAUUAGUUAUAUAUAUCUACUUAUGUUAUAAUCAUUACAGUUUCUAAUUUAUACCUUGUUAUAUUGUUGAUCAGAUGUUUGAAAAUUUAUUUACUUAAACAGUAGUGUGAACAAAAGACCAAAAAAUUAUGUCAAUUUUGUUAUACAUAUUUUGUUUAAUUGUAAAGGAAUGUAAAAGGAUUAUAUUAACUUGAUAUUUUCUGAUUAUGUUCUCAAGAUUAGAGUUUGUAUUGUAAAUAGGACUAUUGUAGAUAGAAUAAGGAUAGUAACAUUUAUAGAAAAAUACGAUUAGUUGA